AUGGAAGUAAAAAACUUAGAACCAUAUGCAAUCAUAGGUUUUGAUGGUUCGGCAAUUCGUGGCCUCAAAGUCCACCCUGAUGGUGAACAUAUUAUAUACCCAAUGGGGAAUAAAGUUUGCAUUCAAGAGUGGAAAACGAAAAAGAUGUAUUUCCUCAGCGGCCAUACCAACAGUGUUUCAACUGUGGCUGUAUCUUCUAAAGGAACUUUCAUAGGAUCAGGUCAAAUCAACCACAUUGGGUUUAAAGCGUCUGCUAAAUUAUGGGAUUUUAAGAACAAGACUAUGAUAGGAAGUCAUGAAUUACAUAAGGUGCGCGUAGAAGCAUUAGCAUUUUCAUCAGAUGAGCGUUACAUGAUUUCUCUCGGUGGGCGUGAUGAUGGUUGUGUUGUGUUGUGGGAUUGCGUUGCUGGUGCCGCCACUGGUACAGCGGCCGCGGCUCGUUUGACAACCGGCGAUGCUAUGACUCUUUCGCCAUUAUCUUUGAGAGUCAAUUCGUUCGUUACCGGAGGCGAUUCUAAUCUUCGCGUAUGGAAUAUCCGGGCCGAGAGUAAGAACUUGGAUGUAGUGGACGUAACAUUGGGCAAAUUGCGAAGAUGCGUGCGUUGUAUUGCCGUCAAUCAAGACGAUACUUUCGGCAUGGCGGGAACCACGACUGGGGACAUAAUAAAAUUUUCAAUUAAUUACCCAUCGGAACCAACCGCCUCUGUCGCCCAUUGCAAGCCUUCUCUAAUCGGCUGCUUAGCAAAAUGCGGACCUUGGAAGAAAGGAAAGCGACCAGAGUCCAUAUGUUAUAGUCAAGGUAUAGAAUCGAUAUUAAUAAUGACGGAUGGAUGCCUUAUUGUCGGUGCCGGUGAUGGCACCAUCGACGUAUUAGACGAAAUUAACUGGAAAGGCGAAUUUCCUAGAGGAAAAGUUUUGAACCCAAAUAAACCUUACUUUAGAGCCCUGAAAAGCGUGAAACUCGAUGGUAGUAUUACAUCUCUGGAAUUGAUGGAGUCACCAUCUCGAAAAGGUGACAAGCGUCUUCUCCUCGCCGGUACAAAAACAAGUGAAAUAUAUGCUAUCAAUGUGGUCACAUUUGACCCCAUACUCGUGGUCACAUGUCAUCGUUGCGCCAUUAAUGAUAUCGCUUUUCCGAGGGGCAUGUCGGGCGUGUUCGCGAGCGCGGGCGCGGGCGACGUACGCGUGUGGUGCGCGCGCUCGGCCCGCGAGCUACUGCGCAUCGUCGUGCCCAACUUCACGUGCUCCGCUCUGCUCUUCUCCGCCGACGGCAAGUCCAUCGUCACCGCUUGGAAUGACGGUAACAUUCGCGCGUUCACGCCACUCACAGGACGACUUAUUUACUGCAUAUAUAACACGCAUAACAAAGGCACUUCAGCGCUAGACAUGACCCAUGAUGGACGCACCCUCAUCUCUGGCGGUUGUGAAGGACAGGUUCGCCUUUGGGACAUAAAACCAGAAUGUCAGAGCUUAAAGAAGGUGCUAAAAGAACACAAGAGUCCAGUUUCCGCUAUACAAGUAUCGCCCAAUGACAUGGAAGCUGUGAGCGCUGGAACAGACGGUUCUUGUAUAAUUUGGGAUCUUGUUUCGCUAUCCCGGCGUCAAGUUAUGUACGCUAACACCCUCUUCAUGUGCGUUUGCUUCGAACCGCGCGGGUGUCAGCUGCUGACGGGCGGCUCCGACCGACGCGUUGCCUACUGGGAGGCGGGUAGCGGGAAUCUCGCUCGAGAGCUCGAGGCUAGUAAAGUUGGAGCGAUAAACGGUCUUCACAUAACGCAAAACGGUGAACUUUUUGUAACGGGUGGCAACGACCAAAUGGUUAAGCUGUGGAAGUACCAGGAGGGCGUUUACACGCACGCGGGCGCGGGGCACGCGGGCGCCGUCACGUGCUGCCGGUUCAGCCCCGACGCGAGGCACAUCGUCAGCAGCUGCGCCGCCGGCAGCAUCAUCGUGUGGAAGGUGCCCGAGAUGUACCUCCAAAAAGAGAACCAGCCUUCAGAACAAAAAAGUACGGUGGAAUCUCCGAAAACUUUGCAAGAAGAAUUAAAACUACAACUCGAAGAUAAGCCGACACAAAAAGCAGUCGGUGAUAGGCGGAACAAGAUACCAUCAGCGCCAUCAAAGACUGAGAAAAUCGAAGCUAUGGAUACAACAAGAAGCAGUGUGCAUUCCUGCUGCCCAUGUAACCCUGUAAAACCCAAUCAGUCCAAAAAGAGCUCGCCCAAAACUGGUAAUAGUACUGGUAACAAAUCAUCUAAACCAACAGAUAACCUUCCCACAAGGACAACGAGUAAAGAUUAUGUCAACAGUAGCAGUGAUAAAAAAUAAAGACUGAGAAUAU